ACUACAUACGCAUUAGGCCAAUUUCAGGAUGCUACUCCUUAGUCGGAAGGAAGGGUGGCUACCAAGACCUCUCCAUUGCGCGUGGGUGCACGCAAAAAGGAACCAUCAUGCAUGAGCUGAAGCACGCGCUUGGCUUUUACCACGAGCAAAGUCGUAAUGACAGAGAUAACUACAUCACUGUAGACUAUUCUAACGUUCAAUCUGGCAAGGCCUCCCAGUUCCAAAGAAUGUCUCUGAACGAAAUCCAGCAGUUUACCCCCUACGAUUACGGCUCCCUCAUGCACUACGGCGCCUACUCCUUCGCCGCAGACAGGAGCAAACCAACCAUCAUCCCAAAGAAGGCCGGGGUGACGAUUGGCCAGCGAAUCAGACUGAGCGACUAUGACAUUCAGGAAAUCCGAACGCUGUACUCAUGUGGCGGUACCAGUACCUCAACCGGUGGUUCCGUAACCCAGCCUCCAGUCGUGACCAACCAACCUACCACUGGUAGUGUAUCUGGGCUCCCUAAGGGCACCUGCACUUUUGAGUCUGGAUUAUGUGGCUGGACACAGGACACCUACGACAGCCAUGAUUGGACGAUCCGCUCGGGUUCCACGCCCUCCGGAUCGACUGGACCAACUUCUGCCUAUGGCGGUUCAGGUAAAUACGUCUAUGUGGAGGCUUCUGGAUACAGCAACAAAAUUGCGAGACUUGUCUCACCCAUGCUGACCACCACCGGAGCGACGCCAUUCUGUCUUCGUUUCAACUACCACAUGUACGGCGCCGACAUGGGUCGCUUGACCAUCGGCAGUAAGUUUGGAACCACCUACAGACCCAUUGUGUAUUUCAGUGGGGACAAGGGGACCUCGUGGAGAACCGCCAGGUUCACGAUUAAUACCAGUUCUGCCGGAUCGUUCAGUUUCUACCUGGAAGGCACUGUUGGCACCAACUACAGAAGCGACAUCGCUAUAGAUAACCUGAAUCUUGCAUCCGGCAAAUGUACGUAAAAGUCUCAGUAUCUUAUUCUGGCGAGACAUAUUUCAAAACAGGGUAAUCUGAUUGGUGUCUUUGCUGUCAUUUGUGUACAGAUGUGUUUUGAAAUAAACUAUU